ACUGUCAGUGAAACAUUAAUCAUCAGCUGAGAUCUGAAGAAAAACGAUAUGGGAAAAGUUGCAAACGGCCCCAAACUUUUAGCAUAAAAAUGCUUGCUAUUUAUAGGUUAUCGACCAAGCUGCGAAAACAUUCGUUUGUUCUGUGUACAAAAUUAUCAAAAUUAGUAAUGUCGCGGGAAACUCACGUGAACGGUGUCGAUUCGAUGCUGCAGCAGCAACAGCAAACAGAACAAGGGACGCCCAGUGGCCAAACCCAACCAUCUGGAACAGUGGCCCAGGAUCAAUCUGGUCAGCAGAAAAAGUUCAGUGAUUAUGUGAGAUUUUUGGAAUUGGUUGGAAAUCUGAAGCAUACAAAACGAACUGGUUGGGUUUUGCGGAAUGUGAAAGAUUGCGAAAGUAUAUCUGGUCAUAUGUACCGUAUGGGGAUGAUGUCAUUCCUGUUGGAUGGUAGUCAAGGUCUGGAUCGUAUAAAGGUCAUGGAAAUGGCAUUAGUGCAUGACCUUGCCGAAAGCAUUGUGGGCGACAUUACACCUUACUGCGGCAUCUCGAGAGAAGAAAAACUAUUGCGCGAGUUUUCUGCAAUGUCAGAGAUAGCCGAUCUGUUGGGACCCACAAAAGAAAGACUGUUAGCACUAUUCAAUGAAUAUGAAGAGGGUAAAACUGCAGAGGCAAAGUUUGUCAAGGAUCUUGACCGUCUGGAUAUGGUGAUGCAGGCGUUCGAGUACGAGAAACGAGACAACUGUCCAAUGAAGCAUCAAGAGUUUUUUGAUUCGACAAAGGGUAAGUUUUCUCACCCGUUCGUGAUCGACAUGGUGAACGAGAUCAAUGCACAGCGUGAAAAGUUUGCCGAAAAAUGUUCAGAAAAUGGUUCCACGCCGUCCCGUGAGGUGGCCAGCAGCAGAUGAUUCUGGAGUUGGAAAAUAAUGCGUAUUUUUCAAUAACACAAUGUAGCACAAUUCUUUCCUCAAUCGAGAUUCAAAAUAUUUCUACUGUUUGUUUGUUCGGUGUGAUUGCACCGAGUUUUAUUAAACGUGAUCUCAUCUCUGCUUAAACUUGGUACGGGAAAUUUGUGAGAACAUAUGUAAUCGUUACAUGUAGGUUAGUCAAUGUGAAGAAAAACCGAAGGUAUGCUUCAUGGCAGUGGAACUUAAAGCUAGGCCUAGGCUUACUUUUUAGCUAAUUUUAGGAUUAUACAAAGUUGUGAUGUGUAGAUAUCAUAUGUAAUGACAAGAAAAAAAAAUAAAAGGUUUAUAUUUCAGGGAUCUAUGUCAGUAAUCGAUAUAUUAGAUCACUUAUUUUAUAUCUUUCGAUGCUUGAAAUACAACUAACUUAAAAUUAAUCAACAAUACUACAUAUAUAGCAAAAGAGAAAAAAUAAAUUAAAAGCGCUUGCUAA